UCAGAGGUCAUUUAUCACCAAAUACACUGUUGUGAGGUUUUGGUUUCUUCUUCUCAUUUUUUCCUUCUAAAAAAGUUUUCUAAACCUUUUUUUUUAAUUAUUUAAAUUUUUGCUUUUAAUUUCACUUACAAAAAAAGAGACAGCAUUGUUCUUUGAGAAUGCUGUGGUGACCAAGUGCCGAGGAACAGAAAGUAUCCCUCAAGAAAAGAGGUUUCUCAAAGAUGCCGUUAUUGGGAAUCAUGAGAUGCGGCUCCACACUCCUGUUGGUCUUAUUUCUGGCAAACUUAGCAGCUAGAAGUCAUGCCCAAGCUGCUAAAGAUUUCACAGAUGUGGAAAUAACUACAGUUGAUCUUCCACAAGUGGUUACUGUACAGUGCAAAGGUGAUUGUAUAAAAGAGGCAGAGGAUUCUCAUUCUGACAUUCCAAAGCAGUUUCGUUCUGACAUACCAAUUACAGAUGAUGAAGAUGGUGGACAGAAUACACAGCAAAACACUAAUGAGGACCAGUUUACAGACUUCUGCAGGUCUCCUCCAGUUGUUCCAUUUGCAGACCUCAAAGAUGAUUUUUUGACGUACACAGUUUUCACAAAGGGUGCCAUUGUCAGUUACAAAUGCAAAAACGGCUAUGAAUAUGUACCCGGAACUAAGGAAACUGUAAUGUGUAUAGGUGAUGGAAAUUGGUCUGCUCCUGAUACAUUUUGUAAAGUGAAUUUCUGCGGUCCUCUCCCACGACUUGAAUAUGGGGUACCUAAGGAUGAGUACUUGGAAAGAACUAUAUUUACUAAGAAUACCAAAGUUUUAUAUGUUUGCCGGCCUGGUUAUAUCCGUAUUCCUUAUGCAAGAGCAGUUGCAACAUGCUUGCCUAAUUUGACGUGGUCCCUCCCUACAAAAUUUUGUCAACUUAAAUCCUGUGGUAACCCUGGAGAUGUGGAUAAUGGUGAAAUGCAAGCUGAGAACUUUGUCUUUGGAUCCAGAGUAACAUAUAGUUGUAAUCGUGGAUAUAAGAUGAUAUCAAAACGGAAUUACAGAGACUGCCUAGCAGAUGGAAUAUGGAGUAAUGAUAUCCCUGAAUGUGCAGUGCAAUCAUGUCCUCCACCACCAGAUACUGCAAAUGGACAUUAUUAUCCAGAAAGAGAGGAGUAUACCUAUCUUGAUUCUGUAAAAUAUGUAUGCAGUGGAAAUCUGGCUCUUAUAGGUCAACAUAGCAUUUCCUGUACAGAGGAAGGACAGUGGAGUUCUCAAGCCCCAGAAUGCAGAGCUGUUCUGUGUACUGAUCCAAAUGUGGACAAAGCAUACAAAAUUUCAGGAUUUAUAGGCCCAUACAUCAUGAACACUGUUGUGAGAUUUAGGUGCGAGUCACAAUAUAAAAUGAUUGGAUCUGAUACUGUGAAAUGUAAUGAAAGUAGUAAAUGGGAACCUGAACUGCCAAAGUGUGUUGGUACUUGUCGAUCUGUUCCUCGCUACCAAUAUGCAGAACUAGUGGAACCGACUGCUGAAAUAAUUUUCCUUGAAGGAACAAUAUUGAAGUACAGAUGUAAGGAAGGCUACGAACCUAUUCCUGGUGCAGUGAAUACAGUCACGUGUUUAGGACUGCGCUGGUCUCCUUCUCCUGAGUUCUGUAAACCAAUAACAUGUGUAGAACCUGAAAAUGUGCCUCAUGGAAGAAUUACUUCUGGCAAUUUCGUAUAUGGCAGUCGUAUAACGUAUGCCUGUGAUACUGGGUAUAAAAUUAAAAACAUCAACAACAGAAAUUGUCUGUCAGACCAAUCUUGGAGUUUGCCCAUUCCAGAAUGUGAAGUUCAAACGUGUGCUAUACCUGAAAAUGUGAAGAAUGGGUGGUAUAGUCCUGUAAUAGAGAAAUAUGUUUACAAUGAGGCUGUAACAUAUAACUGUCAUGAAGGAUUUCAACUUCUUGGUCAAGCUUUAAUUACCUGCCGCAGUGAUGGAAGAUGGAAUAAUAAUACACCAGAGUGCAGAGGCAUUUGUAAUGCUCCUCCCGACCUUCCUUAUGCUCAAGUGCCAUUCUCGUAUCCGAACACGAAAACUUUCUUUGCUGGCACAACCGUUCAGUACACGUGUAAACCUGGAUAUUAUCGGGAUCACAGCUUCUCAAAUUCUAUAACUUGUUUGGGAAACUUCACAUGGUCAAAAAUAUCUGAGUUCUGUAAAAUUCGCACAUGUUCUACCCCUGAAAAUGUAAAGAAUGGUUGGUAUGGUCCUGAAAGGGAAAAAUACACUUACAAUGACACAGUAACAUAUGAGUGUUUUGAAGGAUUUGAGCUUGUUGGUCAAUCUUCAAUUACCUGUCUCGAGAAUGGAAGAUGGAAUUAUAAUACACCAGUGUGCAGAAGGAUAUCUUGUGGACGUCCUCCAAAAGUAAAGAAUGCAGUAUUUGAGGCAAAAGACUUUUUAUUUGAAUCAGAAGCAGUUUAUAAAUCUGAAGAAGGGUACAAAAUGGUUUCCCUGAGUGAUUUUGUCAAAUGCGGAUUAAAUGGAAGUUGGGAGGGUACUUUGCCAGUAUUUGAAGUACAAACAUGUUUACCACCUGAAGAUCUUAGAAAUGGAUCGUAUAGCCUGAAGAAGGAAGAGUAUACUUAUAACGAAUCUGUGACAUACAAGUGUGAUACAUUACAACUGGUUGGAAAAGCUUCGGUAACCUGCACAUAUGAAGGAAAAUGGUCAUCAGGUGCACCACAGUGUAGAGCUGUCUGCAUAAAUCCUCCCGAACUUGACUUUGCAGUGGUGGAGGGAGAGUUUAUCCAUCAAGAGUUCUUUGACAUUGGAACAAGUGUGCAGUAUAAAUGUCGCUCAGGUUUUAUUCCUAUGACCAGCAAGAAUAAUAAUGUAACAUGCCUGAGCGAUCUAAAAUGGUCACAGCUUGAGUUAUUUUGCAAACCUGUCUGCAAAAUUCCUCCUGAACUUGACUUUGCAGUGGUGGAGGAAGAGUUUAUCCACCAGGAGUAUUUUGAUAUUGGAUCAAGUGUGCAGUAUAAAUGCAGUCAAGGUUUUGUUCCUGUGACCAACAAGAAUAAUAUUCUAACAUGCCUCAGUAAUAUGGAAUGGUCCCAGAAUGAGAUAUUUUGCACACAAGCCCCAUCAUGUGGGGAUCCAGAAGAUAUAGAUCAUGGACAGAAGCAGUAUGAAAACGUCUUGGUUGGUUCAAGAGUCAUCUACACUUGUAAUCCAGGAUAUCUGAUGAUUUCAAAAAUAAAUUACAGAGAAUGUCAAGAAGAUGGUACUUGGAGUGGUAAACCCCCUGUAUGCAAAGAAUCUGUGUGUGAUCAAAUCUGGGAAUUACAAGAAGAAGCUCGGACAUGCACUUCAACUCCAGAUGAAUGGAUUAAGUACCUACAAGUGCAGUACCUCUACCUUCAAAUAGAGAACAUGAAGCUGGACAUUGAAAUAAAGAAGAGGCAGCUGGGUGCUUUGUCUGAAACUAGUCCCAUUUUAGUUGAGAUAACCAAAAGAAACAAUAAAGGCUAAGAGAUUUUUUGCUACUGUUGGCAACAAGAGAACAGUAAAACUAAUUAGCUUUGCAGUACUAUGUAAACCUACUUUAUAAAAAAAUAAAUAAUAAAUAUAUCUAUACUAGCAGAAGGACCCGGCUUCGCACGGGAAUAUGUAUUUCAUUUAAUGUUUGUGUGUGUCGU